AUGGAGGUACGUACUUCAUCCCCCGCUGAUAGCACCUGCACUAUCAACGGUGCUUCAUUUCUCGGCAGCUUCCACCUACGAGCUUCAGUCGUCGGGAUUGUGUUUAAUUCUCCUAGCAAUACGACCAACCAGGCGAUGUCUUCAACGCAAGACUCCGAACUUCAAUGGGACGCGCUGUAUCAAGCCGAUGCCAUCGACCGCCAGAACUACUUAGGGCCCCUCAUCAUCGGGUCCAUCCUGGAGCUUGCGCUCUUCGGCGUCCUCAUGAUGCAGAUACGCACCUACUACAGACGUGCAUGUCGCGAUAACUGGCUCCUGCGACUCACAGGUGCGUCCCGCCAAUAUAGCUCUCAUGGUCGGAGCCGUAAUGCGUUAUGGGUAUCAUCAUACCAUGGUCUAGCUUGGACAUCCUUCCUGGGCGCCCUUACCCUCACAAUCGCCGUCUUCGUCGACGCGCGGUACCGCUGCAUAGUAGGCAGCACACUCCUCAUCCAAGACUCCACGACCGCCGGCAGCGCGAUCGCGUCCAUGAUGCUUGCCCUCCUGGAAGCGCAUGCGCAGAUGUGCUUUGCGUGGCGGAUCCGCGAGCUGGCGCGGAAGAGGUGGCUCGCAGCCCUCGUCGCUUGUCUCGGGAUUGUGGCAUUUGGCGCGUGCAUAGCAGCCCACGCCCAUGCAUGGACGCUUCGGCCCCUUCAGCUCCCCGCCGACGCCUCCGCCCCAAACGCGCCCCGCGACUUCGAUUUCAUCCACACGUCCUCUCCUUACGCUUUGUCGAUCAGACGCCCGUCGACGGCUAUCUGGAUGGGCACCAGCGUCGCCUGCAACCUGACGAUCACCGUCACUUUGGCUGUCCUUCUCUAUCCAGCGUUGCGCGAAGCGGCGUUCGGUGAGAAACUGCCGAUGAUCGGGAAGAUGCUGAGACUGACGUUCGAGACGGGGAUUGUAACUACAAUCUUCGCGAUCGUGAUGACGGGGUUGCUGUUUAGCAAGGCGCCUGCGACGCAGUAUCUUCGGUACAUCUUCUAUUAUCCCAGUGGUGUCUUAUACUCGUCCUGGCUCCUCGCGUCGCUCAGCGCGCGUUCUUCGACGAGAAGCGAAGCGUAUCCUUCAGUGAAUAUCACCGGAACGAAGUCGACCCAUCUCGGCGAGCUCCGCUUCCAGACCAACACGCGGCAACUAGACGGGCUGACUGUCACCAUAUUGUCCCCCGUCGACGAGGACCGAGACAUCGAGGAGCAGUCGUCGGUCGAAGCGGGCGACGAAACCCUGGCACCACCACCAUCACAUAAGGAUAAGUCUCAGGAGGUGCUCGUGUAA